CCCCCCCCUUCCUCUUCCUCCUCCUCGACCUCGCCCUCCUCCCCACCGCUAUUUCCCUCCCGAUAUAAACCCUAUCCCCCUCCGCCUCGCCCUCCUCUCGCUUGCCGUGACGCUCCCGCGCCGGCCCCACCGCCGGCGAGAAGCGCGCAGGAGCAGCUGCCGAAUGGCGGCCGCCGUGGCGUCGCAGCCGCGCCACCUCCCCCUCGGCGCCGGCGGCGAGCCGAGGUGCACCGCCAGCACACCAAAGGUUUAUACCCUGGAGAAAGUGUAUGGAUUCAGAUUCGUAUGCAGAAGCGUUGUUGAUCUAAGGAGUCAAAAGUUCCACCCUCGCGUUUCUAAGAGAAAGUGCUACCUGAGGAACUCACCAUCAGAAUGUGACAAGAUCAUACACAGUGCUAGAUGGUUGGAGUUUAGGAGACAGAAAGGAACCAUUCAGAGAACUAGAAGGAUAGUUCACAUUAUUCCUUUGGCUUCUGAUGAUGACGGCAACAGUGUAUCUGUUAAUGGAGUUCCACAAGUUGGUUCAACAAGCGACAUGGAGGAAGUAAGGUUGAAAUUGGAUAAAGCGCUGCAAACUGAAGAUAUUAGUUCUGGACUUGUCCAGUCAAUACAUGAUGCUGCCAGAUCUAUUGAAUUGGCUUUUCUAGAUCACAGCAACUCAUCAAAGAGCUCUUGGUUUCCACAGACGUGGCUUGGUGUUGAGAACAAUGCAUGGAUAAAAUCACUGUCUUACCAGGCUGCUGUGGACUCAUUGUUGCAAGCAGUUAUUGAUGUUUCAUCUCGGGGGAAUGGCAGAGAUAGAGAUAUUAACGUGUUUGUUCAAAGGAGUCUGUCCCGUCUGCUCAACCCUCUAGAAACUGCUAUCAAGAAUGAGUUGACUAAAAGGGAACCUACACUAUAUCAGUGGUAUUCUUCUGAUCAAAAUCCUUUGGUGGUCAGAACAUUUGUGAACAUUUUUGAAAAUGAUCCACGGUUUAACCCUGCAACAGCAAUAUGCAGUGAAGGCGAGCAAAUGAACACUAGUGAAAGUGACCUUUCUCUACUUAUGCUAAGUUUGAUCUGUCUUGCUGCUAUCACAAAGCUUGGAUCAGCAAAAGUUUCUUGUCAGCAGUUCUCCUCAAUGGUUACUGAUGUUAUUGGUCGGUUCAUGGAUAUGCUUCUUGAGUUUGUCCCUCUAAGUAAAGCGUAUAGCUUGACAAAAGAUAUUGGUCUUCAGAGAGAAUUCCUGUAUAAUUUUGGUCCUCGUGCCGGUGUUCCUAAAUUUACUAACGAUAAUGGAGUUGAGGUAUCAUUUUGGAUUGAUCUUGUUCAGAAACAGUUACUACGUGCUCUUGAUCGUGAAAAGAUAUGGUCAAGACUGACAACAAGUGAAAGUAUUGAGGUUCUGGAAAAGGAUCUUGCAAUAUUUGGAUUUUUCAUUGCUUUAGGCAGAAGCACACAAGGAUAUUUGUCAUCCAAAUGUUUUACUGAUUUGGAUGAUUCACUUGAUGGUAUUGUAAGGUAUCUUAUUGGCGGGAGUGUAUUGUAUUAUCCACAGUUGUCCUCUAUUAGUUCAUAUCAGUUGUAUGUGGAGGUAGUCUCUGAAGAGCUCGAGUGGCUUCCCUUUUACAGUGGUGAUGUGCCAACUGCAACAACUGAUACUGAAGGUAGAGAAGAAAUGCCUAAAGGGGAAGUAAUAUCAAGAGUGCUAAAUGUGUGCUCUUAUUGGAUGAGUAGUUUUAUCAAGUACAGCUCAUGGCUUGAGAACCCGUCAAAUGUGAAGGCAGCAAGAUUCCUGUCCAAGGGACAUGCCAUGUUGAGUGACUGCAUGAAGGAGCUUGACAUAGCAAAAAAUAAUAUGUCGAAAGGUCGAGGGUUGCCAGAACCUGAAGAGCACCCGGUUACCAAGACAGAGUUAGCUUCCUUUGACAAGUCACUUGAAAGUGUUGAAGAAGCUUUGGUUAAGUUAGAACAUUUGCUUCAAGAAUUGCACGCUUCCAGUUCCAACUCUGGUAAUGAGGAUCUAAAGGCUGCAUGCUCUGAUCUUGAAAUGAUCAGAAGACUGAAGAAAGAAGCUGAGUUUCUUGAGGCAUCCUUUCGAGCAAAAGCAGAAUUUCUGGAGGCUGAUGCUAGUAAUGGACCAUUAUCACCUGCUGCAGAGGCUAAUGAGACUUCAGCACCACUAAAAUCAGCAAGCAGGGUCGAUAGUAAGCGCCGUCCAUUUUGGGAUUUCUUUGGUAGGACUUCUGGAAAGAAAGUUGAGCUAGUACUUCAAGUUGCAGAUCAAGAUGGUGUUGUUACAAAUGGGGAGAAGAAAGACAAGGAGUCAAAUGACAUCCUCCGCUUUGAACAGUUAAGGCGUGAGCUGAUUGAGUUAGAAAAGAGGGUGCAGAAGAGCGCAGAUGAUGCUCAAAAGGAGGAGGUGUCGGAUGUCCCAAAUAAAACAACUUUGCCAUUGCCUGGUGCGCCAGUGCCUUCUGACCAGGCUAGCAAGAAGGAAAAUGUUAUAACCAAGUCAGUGGAGAAGGUCAAGGAGACUACGACGACUGUGUUGCAAGGGACACAACUCUUAGCAAUUGACACAGGAGCUGCUAUGGGUUUACUAAGAAGAGCUCUUAUUGGGGAUGAACUAACUCAAAAAGAAAAGCAGGCUCUUCAGAGAACCCUGACAGAUUUGGCAUCUGUUGUUCCUAUAGGAAUACUCAUGCUUCUGCCAGUUACCGCUGUUGGUCAUGCUGCUAUUUUGGCUUUCAUCCAGAGAUAUGUACCUUCAAUGAUCCCAUCCACAUAUGCCCCUGAGAGGCUGGAUCUCCUCAGGCAGCUUGAGAAGGUGAAGGAAAUGGAAGUUGCUGAAGGCAGCAGCGAAGAUCUAGUAGAGACAGUUAGUUCGAGAAGCGACCCAGUGAAAUAAGCUGACCAUGUACAGAUGGAAAUGAAUAUACUUCUGAUGGUCUUUCCUGCAAAGUGUAGUGUUUUGGAACAAGACAUGGGAAAGAUUUAUUUCAUUUAAAAGAUCCUUGAAGUGACAUGCGAAUGGAGAUCGAACUGCAAGGUUACAUGCAAUAAUCAAGCAUUGCAUCGUGAAGUUGAAGAUGUUUCCAGAAGUUGCACUUUGUAGAUUGUAUCCAUAUUUUUUGUAUACAUUGGCGCUCCGUGCCCAUUCAACAUAGAGGAUGAAUGUCCAAGUUCCUCUUGGAUAGUGUGUGUAGGGUAGAGGAUUGUAUAUCUAGCUGACAUACUGGUGAUCACCUGUUCAUGUACCCCUCCUUUCUCUCCCCACCAGCCCUUCGUUUCGUCCACCCUUUGCCGAGAACUAUACUCCUGUAAUCUCUCUUUUUCCACCUGGUUCUCCUGUAAAAAUGAUGCCAAGUUCAGUUGGCUGAGGUUAAAUGGCUAAAGGUUUCAAGCCGUCA